UGUAGAUACGAGUCAAAUGCCACCUCCAUAGACAAGGAAAACGAGCGUAAACGGUAUGGGUAUUUACAUGUCAUUAAAAUAUUGGCUGGAUAGCAAAUAUGUACUGUAUCUGCAGUGGCUGGGCGGCUAAACUAGAGCGCUUAAUUUUUGUUCUGUCUUCUUCCCUCAACUUCAGAAGUACUAUCCAUCCACCUGCAACUUUCACCAUCAUGCUAUUCAAUGAGAUGCCUACAGACCUAAUUCUUCUCAUAUUUUCCUAUCUUGAUUUGCCGGACCUUGCUUCGUUAGCCCAAGUUGCACCAUUCCUCGCAGCGCUGGCCUCUGAUCCUGUCCUGCACAAGAAUCGUCUUCGUGUCGUUGUUCCUUCUCGAAUCCGGCAUUCGUUGUUUGGUCAAGGACCGCAGGGAAUAGCUUUCAGACCUACUGUUGCCGAGUUAGUUCAUCGUGGUGUGAUGAGGGGUCUAUCGAUUGAACGGCAUUGGAGAGAAGGAAACUACUUUCAUUCGCAUCGGUCCAUAGCUCAGUACGAGACAAGUUUGAAGUUAGCUCGUAACCAGACGAGUCGCAUCAUAUCUAUGCAGCUACGACAGCGCAAGCUGGAUUCAAGUGAUUUUCUCAAGACACUACAUCAAGCUCAUGUUCUUCCCGACGAAGAAUCAUCCUGUCUACGUGUAUCCCGCAGCCUGCUGCCUGUGAUGCGCAAGCUGAAGUGGUCGAUCCAGAAGGAUAAUUUGUCCAAGAAGAUCAGAGACGGAACUGUUUACAGUAUCCCUGGUCGACUGAGCAACAGUAGCCUUGACUCUCUUGAGGCCUUCUGUGGUUGGCUGGAAAGCAGGGGAAGAGGAAUCGUGCAUGACAACGAGAGGGUACGGCUGGCGAUAUGUCCCGACGUUCAGAAGAAGGUUAUGUUCUAUGAAGGACUCCUGGUUGCUUCGCCGCUUUAAGAUAAGAUGAAAUAUGUACUACAUCCUUGUACUGACCUUGUAUUUCUAUAUACGUCCUUGAUUAAAUGGCAUACAUACCCAUUUGUAAUGACCCCUCAUUUCCUUUCCCAUACUACAUUGACGUCCUGAUGGCACAUAUACUGGUGGAGGUGUGCGUCGACUCCGUCGAAUCCGCAAUGAAGUGAAGAUAUCUGGGUUUUGUUUCUACUAGGAGUAAUGUCUUAACUCUCCAGUGCUGUUCGCGGAGGAGCCAAUCGGCUCGAACUCUGUGGAAAUCUAGGACUAGGAGGCGGUACAACUCCAAGCUUAGGAUUGUUGAAAGAAGUCCGGA